UUUCAGCCGGGGCCCCCGGUCAAAAAACACAUCUUUUUUAUUUUGAAUGCUUAUAUACAGUGUAUUAGUUAAUACAUAUAGAUCAUGUCAUCCGAGCUUGAAGUAUUGAAACAGCGUAUCACUGAACUUGAAGCUGAAAAUGCAGAGCUUAGGAAGGAGAAUACUGAGAUCCGCGAUCUUAGAAUCAAGCUCUCGGUGUCUGAUGCUGAAAUAGCUGAACUUAAGCGUAGGAAUAACGAGUUUCUAAGAGCGAAUGCGGAAUAUAAUGAGAGGCGUGAUACUGAAAAUGCCAAACUCAAGGCCGAGAACGUUGAGUUUAGAGAUAGACUCACAAAAGUGGAACAGAAUCAGACUCUACAAAACGCCUGAAGAACCGAUACCAGAGGAGUUAACAGAGGUAAUCGUAUCAACUGUUAAUAUAUCUGUUAUGGACCAAUGUGAUCAGAAAUCCUUGGAAGAUAAGGAGACGGAUGCUUUC